GCCUUUAGGCUUUAACACAUGCACACUCAACUUUAGUUUCCUAUUUUGAUCAUCUUUGCUCAGAGCGUCUUUUUCGCAUACGACUCUAUUGUUUCUUAUUCACAACAACUCAAGAACUUCCCUAUACCAGUAUACUUUCAGACACGCGCAUAUAUAUAUAUAUACACACUCUAUUGUUAACAGAAACUAAACCCUCAAACCCUACCCUUUCAAGCCUAACCCCUCAACAUAUACGCUACCACCAGAAAUUAUUUUGAUCAUCUCUGCAAGUCUCUUGUUCGGACAUCGAUUGAAGCCUAGACAUGGCCGUGAUUUCCAAAAAAGCCUAUUUGGGUCAUCGCAUCAAAAAAACAAAAACAUCUUCAGAAUCAGAUUCAUCACCGCCAUCACCAAACUGGUCUGAACUUCCAAUCGAAUUGUGGGAGUCAAUUCUGAACAGAUUGUUUGUCGGCGACUUGCUUAGUGCCGGCGCAGUCUGUCGUUCUUGGUGCUCUGUUGCAGAAGCCAGAAAAUCAUCUCUAGAGAGUCCCCUGUUUGAUCAACCGUUGUUGUUGCUUCCUGGUCCAGAUCAAGGCAAAAAAAAUAGCCGUUGCUUGUACAAUUUUACCGAGAAAAAAGUGUACAAGCAGAUGAUGAAUAUACCAGAAAACUUGGGUAAUUGCAAAGGAUCAUCCCAUGGGUGGCUGAUUUUUUUGGACCACGAAGCAUUCCCUCAUAUCUUUAGUCCAUUCUUGGGGGCUAGGAUUCAACUCCCCCUUUUUGAAAUUUGCAAAACAAGCCUUCAUUGCUUCUUUGUCCAGGAUAUUAAGAAAGUUGUACUCUCAUCAUACCCAAGUCACAGUAAGAACAACUUUUGGGUAGGGGUAAUAUAUGGUGUAAUUGAUCGAAAGCUUGCCUUUUGGAAGUGUGGAGACAAUGAAUGGACUGCCCUGGAUGGUGCACAUCAAGCCUACUGUGAUAUAAUAUCCCACCAUGAUCAUAUUAUUGCUUUGGGUGAAACAGCUUCAGUUGAAAUCUGGGAUUUCAAUAACUCUGUCCCUGUAAAAAAGAUGCAGAUUGAGCCUAUUUUUCCUGAGAAAAAGGUGGAAUUUGAAAAUUCUCUUGGAGAUCUUUAUACAAUUCAAAGUUACAUAGUGGAAUCAAAGGGUGAUCUUCUGCUUAUUGUGAGGUAUAUUGGGAAUCAUGUUAGAUGGGACGGUGUAGUUGUUCACGAGGCAGACCUUCUUGAUGAAGAGAACCAAUGCUGGAUUUGCCCUUACCUGACAAAGCUAUUUCAUGUUUACAAGCUGCAUUUCGGUCAGAAAAAAUGGGUACAAGUGGCAUCAUUAGGCGAUGACCUGGUGUUGUUUUUGGGUCGGAAUCAAUCCGUGUCACAUUCAGCAAAAAGUUUUCCAUCGUGUAAAGGGAAUUCGAUUUAUUUCACUGAUGAUUACUAUAGUGAUGUUUUGGCUGAGAAUGACAUGUAUGGUCAUGACACAGGCAGGUUUGACAUGGAGAAUCAGAGUAUAGAAUUGAUUGAUGAAGAUGAUUGGGAGAAGAUUCAAGCAGCACCCAUUUGGGUUGUUCCUAAUUCAUGCUAGUAGAGACAUUAGCAGACUUGUUUCUUC